AUGCCCCAUCGACUGCGGCAGAACCUGCUGUUGCCCCAACCGCCCACGGUGGUCCUGCACGAUCCUCGCACCCACAUGCGGCACCUGCCACCCGCCUACAGUGCCGCCCAGACUCCGCUGAACAAGGAGCGGGACUUUGGGGCGCAGGUGCGCUACUACCUAGAGGCGCCUCGCAAGCCCAAGUUCCGACCCUGCAAGGUCAUCUUCGUGGGCGACUGCUCCGUGGGCAAGACGGCCAUCGUCAAUCGGUUUUGCUACGACAAGUUUCAGUCGAACUACAAGGCCACCAUUGGCGUGGACUUUGAGCUGGAGAACUUCAGCAUUCUGGGUCACAAAUACAGUCUGGAAAUGUGGGACACUGCUGGUCAGGAGCGCUUCAGGUGCAUCGCUGGAGCCUACUAUCGCAAUGCAAGUGUGAUUGUGGUCACCUACGACAUGUCGAAGAAGGAUUCGCUGGAGUCGGCAAAAAAAUGGCUAAACAGCGCACUCAACUACAAUGCAAGCAAGAGACCCUUGGUUUUCCUGGUGGGCACAAAAGCAGACCUCUUGUCGAAGGAGGAGUUUGUACGCAUGGAACGACUAGCAGGGUUGGCAGCCGCCGAGCUCCAGGCGGAAUAUUGGUCCGUUUCGGCACGAUCUGGCUUCAAAGUCACGGAAUUAUUCCAAAGGAUCGCUGGCCUGGCUUUUGAAGAGGCUGCAAUGCAGGAAAUUAGGUCGAUUAAGAAUAAACCUCAGGAACAGGCCACUCAGGCAUCUGUUAAAUCGCAAACUUUUGAUUUACGCAACUUCUUUGGUAGCCGCCUCUCGCCACAGAGAAGUGGCUGUGCUUGCUAGCCUGCAGAUUGUACAACUUGUAUUUUUAGCUAAACG